AUGGAAGCCACACAAGAGGAGGUCAAGACGUCCACGACGAAGAGGACUGAGACGUCACCGCAACCAGCCGCGCAAGAGGAGCUCCAAACGUUUGCAGAGCAGGAACAGAAGUCGAAGCGAUGGAAGGAGGCGCUCGCGCGUGCUGUGCAGACAAUUGCGGAGGACCGACGACGCCACUCCAUUGAUGUGGGCAAGUUCACGUCCUUCGCGGAAGUGGUCCAUGCUGCGGCGGCUUUUGACCGCGAUGGCCACAUUCGCAUGGACUUUGAGGAAGACGACGACAGAUACGACAUUUCGGAGCUUCAGGAGCAGGACAAGCGACGUGAGGACAAGUCUCUGCGCACCACGCGACAGAGCAGUCGGAUCGACUACAACGCGCCAAUUAUGACCAUCUGCAUCAUGAUCGUCGGCACCCACGGUGACGUCCAGCCCUUUGUCGCCAUCGCCAAGAGACUCAUCCAAGACGGCCACCGCGUGCGACUGGCCACUCACGCGGUAUACAGAGACGUCGUGAUGAGCCACGGCGUCGAGUUCUACCCACUAGCUGGAGACCCCAAGGAGCUGUCGGCGUAUAUGGUCAAGACAGGCGGCCACUUGAUACCUCUCAACCUGGAAGCCAUUCAGAAGGAUGUGCCGCGAAACAUGCAAAUGAUCGAGGAGAUUUUGUACUCGACGUGGCCAGCAGUGUCCGAAGCAGACCCGGAUGGUGGAGGCCCUGGAAUCCCCGGUAAACCCUUCCGAGCACAAGCAAUCAUCUCCAACCCCGUCACAUACGGUCACAUCCACGUGGCCGAACGUCUCGGCGUGCCGCUUCACAUUAUGUUCCCGCAGCCGUGGGUGCCCACGACGGCGUUCCCGCACCCGCUUUCCAACAUGCCGUAUACUGGCAAGCCCAAGAAGAAGAAUUACAUGUCCUACAAGAUGGUCGAUCUGCUCAUGUGGCAGGCGAUCGAAGGAAUGGUGAACGCGUUCCGCAGAGACAAGCUGCAGCUGCGCAGAAUUCGCAAGGGAGACGGCGGCCGUGAUAUCCUGCUGGACCUUGCGAUUCCCCAUGCUUUCAUGUGGAGCCCACAUCUGGUGCCGAAGCCAAAUGACUGGGGCAAGAUAUACGAUGUCAUUGGAACAGUUACGCUGGAUGGCCCAAGCUCCUCGUACACGCCGUCACCAGAGCUUAGUGCCUUCCUGGGAGACGAUGCUGGACCAAUUUUUGUGGGAUUCGGAUCGAUGGUUAUUCAAGAUCCGAAGGGCGUUACCAAGAUGAUCAUCGAAGCUGCAGGGCAGGCGGCUGUUCGUGUGUUGAUUCAGUCGAGUUGGAGUGAUAUGGCAGGAGAUCUGACGAUUCCCGACAAUAUUUUCUUUUUGGGAAACUGUCCGCACGACUGGCUUAUGCCUCGUGUGUCGGCCGUCGUGCACCACGGCGGUGCUGGCACUACAGCAGCAGGUCUACUUGCAGGUAAACCCACAUUUAUCGUACCGUUCUUCGGAGACCAGCCGUUCUGGGGUCGUGCUGUCUUUGACGCCGGCAUUGGUGUGGAGCCUUGCCCGAUUUCCCAGUUGACAAGUGAGAAACUUCGAGUUGCAUUUGAGGCGUUAGAGAGUCCGGAACUUCGUACUCGUGCGAUGACAUUGCGCGAUUUAAUGCGUCAUGAAGAUGGCGCAGGUGAAGCGGUGAGAAGUUUCUACCGCAACUUGCCUCUACAGCACAUGCGUUGUGACUUGGAUUGUGGGCGAGCUGCAACGAUGUGGAGCCAGAAGGAUAAAAUUCGUUUGUGCGAUGAGUGCGCGUUUGUGGUGACCUCGCGCCCUGAAAACUCAACGAAAGAUAUUGUAGAGUACACUUAUGUGGACUAUUCAGCUCGUGGCCCCGAAAACGUUUUAGAGGGCGCAGCGUCUGGAGUGGGAGCAUUCGCUCAUGUGUUCGGGUCGGGUUUCAAAGAUGUGAUUGUCCGGCCUGCGCAAGGAUACCGCGAAGAAGGUGCAAAGGGUGCAGUUAUCGGACUAGCAAAGGGCUUGGGUGGAUUGUUGAUCAGUCCGUUGUUGGGUACAGUGGUGUUUGCUGACCAUCUUGCUACUGGAGCGUACAAUAACGUUCGUGGGGGUGAAGACAAAAAGAAGGGCUCACUCAUUGGUGAUAAUAAGAAGUUGCUAAACGCAAUUGGCCUCAAGACUCGCAACAACGUUCACAAUGGCACGAUGAGUGCAGAUGAAGUGGUUGACGGCAAUGACUUGCUGUCCACACAAAUCGCUGUUCAGCUGACACCUGAAGAGAAGAGCAAGCUUGAAGACAGGUUCAACGCGCUUGUGAAAGAGCGCAAAUUGCACGGUCAAAAAUCGUUCAAACUCGCAAAGAGCAGUUUGUCACCAUCAACAUCCAUCGACAGCGCGGAGGAAGCUGCAACUGUUGUCGUAAAUGUUGAUGGAGCCACUUUCAACGGCAGCGACUCGUUCGAUAUUGCUUUUGGCGAUGGUGUGAAGGUUGGCGAGGCACUGCACGAAUACGAAGUUCAAGAGUUGGAGGCUGAGGCACGCAAGGAGGAAGAAGUCCAUAAGAAGCGUCUUGAGAGCCUGGACAGCAAUCCGCUGCCGACGAUGAACAUUUGCAUGAUGACAACCGGCACCUGGGAGGAAAGUGUCCAGCAGUACGUGGCAGUCGGAAUGCGGCUUAAAGCGGAUGGCCAUUGUGUGCGGAUCGCAACAAAUAGCGGUCACCGGGAGCGCAUUGUCGGUGCUGGCUUAGAUUUCUAUCCACUGGGAGGUAGUGCCAUCACAACUGGAAAUUUCUUGCAAUACCUACACCACCGAAGCCAGGACCAGCCUCGCCACAAAUCUCGACUGCUUAAUCUCGCUCAUCGCAAAUUGAAUCAGCGGCGCGAAUCGUUUCCCGAAGUGGACGACCUGCGCGAGCUCGUGUUUUCGUUGUGGCCAGCCUGUGUGGAUGUGGACCCUCUGGUGCCUGGGAAGACCUUCCGCGCAGACGCCAUCAUCGCACAUCCUUACUUGUUUGGACAAGCCAUCGUGGCUGAGCGCUUGGGUGUGCCUCUCCAUUGCAUGAGUAAUAAUCCACAGUCUCGCACUCAGGCAUUCCCUCACCUGGUUAGCUCGAACAUGAAGCUUCACCGCCCGUACCGAUACGCACCCACGAACGCAGCGUCGUACGAUGUCAUUGACAACGUGCUGUGGAACGGUAUGCGAGAUGUCUUAGACGACUUCCGGCAUUCUCUCGGGCUUACUGGCAAGAGCAUUUCAAACAACUUACUGGCUGAGUGGCGCAUCCCGCACACAUACCUGUGGAAUCCAGCAAUUCUCCCGAAGCCUCAUGAUUGGGGCAGCGAAAUUACAAUCGCUGGCUACGUCAAGUUGGAGGCGAGUGACGUCGACAAUACCGAUCUCUCUGCCAUCGAACAAGAGCUGAAGAGAUUCGCUAGCAGCUCUGCUCAUACACCGCUCAUUUAUUUUGGCUUCCAAUGUGGUGACUGGGACCCGCGUCGCGUGCAAGAUCUCCUGGGUACGCUCGAGAAGGCUGCCAAAAAAGCAAACGUCCGUGUUGUAUUCCAAGGUUACGAAAACAGCAACGAUGGUGCCGCGUUCUUUGUCGGUGGCACAGAUGUUGUGUUUGAGAUUGAUCAGCAUUUCCCAGUCAAGCGUAUUCUCCCGUAUGUACAUGCUGCCAUGCACUGGGGAGACCUGUCCAUCACGUCGACAUGUCUGGCAGCAGAGAAGCCUGCGUGUGUGGUCCCGCGUAAUAUCACUCAGCGAAUGUGGGGUCAGGCGUUAGUUCUGUCUGGAGCGGGCGUCGAACCUCUGGAACUGGAUGCACUGACGCCGUCAAACCUCAUCCAUGUGUUCCGCGUGCUUCUGGACACCAAGCUCACUCACUGCGCCAAGCGUCUUGCUCCGAAGUUCUCGUCGUCAACUGCAAUCGAGACGGCUGUAUCGGCCUUUUAUGGCAAUCUACCGCUAGAAGGCAUGCGUUGCGACCUGGAUCCAGCACGAAUUGCUCGCGUCUACGACUCGCUCCACGGAAUGAAGCUGUCGUAUGAGGCACGACUAGUCGUACACCAGGUCACGAAAGAUGCUGGCAGCGCGGGUGACCUCAAGUACAAGCCUCUGAAAUACUCGCAGCACCACCCGCCACGGUUUUCCUUACGAGAAUUGGAGCUGCUUCACCCGGCUUCGUCCAACAACCUCAAGAAGCAACCCAGAGCAAAAGUUCUGUACACAUACGACCCUGCCAGUGAAGAGCUGGCAGCGAGAGUGGACUACGAAAGGCGGUCAUUGACGUCCCCAUCCUCGUCCAAGGAGGCGAUUGUGUCCAAGAAGUUUGGAGGAGCUCCCUACAAGAAGCUCUUUCAUUUGUCCCGUGCGCAGUCCAUGGCGCCGAACGUGGUGGAGUUGCCAAAAUUCUGGAAUUCCCCCGAGGAGCAGGCUGAGAGCACUGUGAAAAUCAACGCUAAGUACGAAAAACUGCUGAUGGCUCGCAAAUUCGCUGAUGGUUCCUCGUCUUCGUCAGCAUCAUCAGUUGCACUUUAA